AUGUCGCUGCAUACUAGGUUCACGCGUGGCUGGACUCUCCAAGAGCUGAUUGCGCCACGCGAAAUCCAAUUCUAUGAUGCCAAAUGGAAUUCAAUUGGUCUCAAAAAGGAUCUGGUUGAUGACUUGUCGACUAUUACUGGCAUUGGCGCAGAAAUCCUGAUGCAUGAACAGUCAUUGGACCUGGUAUCAGUGGCAGCAAGGAUGUCUUGGGCGGCAAAGAGAGAAACUACGCGGACUGAAGACAUGGCGUAUUGCCUUCUUGGAAUCUUCGACGUGAACCUUCCGUUGCUGUACGGCGAGGCAGAAAAAGCUUUCCAGAGACUUCAAGAAGAGAUCAUACGUUCGAAAGCCGACCUCAGUAUCUUUGCUUGGCAAUGUAUCAAACCUCCAAGAGUUGAUAGAUGGACGCUUACCGGUGUUCUCGCGCGAUCACCACAAGAGUUCUCCAAUGGUCAUACUGUGGGACGCAUGUACAGGAGGGAAACGCAUGAUUUUUCCAUUACCAACGUCGGCAUCAAAACGCGUCUACGAAACCUUUGGGCACCAGACUAUGGCUAUGUUAUGCAGUUGAACAGCUAUUCGGGCCUCACAGGAAAAUACUUGGCACUGAGACUGCGCAAAAUUGGUCCAGAAAUGUACCUGAGGGAGGGGCCAUACGAUCUUUUGGAGUAUGCUACUGGCGCCUUCUCGGAGAGGCGACCUGUCGAGCGAUACCUCCUUACCACAAUACCGGUAAUCCCCAGGUUCUCGGAGCGGUUGGAUCCAUCGGCAAGAUUCCAACACGCAGGAAAGUUACUACGGUUCAUGCGGCGAUCUCCUGUGCGUGUCAAGCUUCCGUCGACAUUCAAGUUGAUGAAGAUAUGGCCAGCUGACCGUUGGGACGAAGAAGACCGGCUGUUCUUUGUCUCCGGCGAUUCGCGUUGGGAUACGUUCCAACUGGAUUUAGAAUAUGAACUCAGUCACAAGGCCAAACAGGCCGAUGGGACUCUCAUCGGAAAAACCACAACCCUUGAAUUCACCCUUUAUGCAUUGGGAUGGUCUCACAUACAGCUUGACUCUAUCGAUCGUGCUUCAUUCGGUCUCGUAAGCCGCUUGGAAUACGCAACGAGUAUUGACAAGAUUUCUCGGUGGAUUCUGGAAGACGAGCCAACCACGGCUACCAUAUCCAAGUGGCUCGGAGCGGCAAGAAUACCGAGACACCAAUGGAUACGCUACGAUAUACCUCAGACCGAUCAUAGUCUGGUCAUAAAGAUCGAGAGUACACUGCACAAUGUUGUAACUCUGACAGCGGAGGAAAUCCCUAGCAUCGAUGUGUUAGAGCGAAUCACAGAAGACUGGCCUAUUUUCAGGGACUACUAG